AUGUUUAGCAGAAAACCUCAUCACGAGACCAACGCCAACAACGGCGACAAUUCCACAAACUACAACGAUGCGAGCGCGUCUUAUGGCACCGGUUCUGGCAACACUGACAGCGGGCGUGGACCUCACAAAUCCUCGUUGCUAAACAAACUCGAUCCUCGCGUUGAUACCACCACUCGACACCAGCCAAGCGACACUGGUCGCAAUGGCGGUGGAGCGCUCGGCACAAGUGCUCGACAUGACAACACGGGCUACGGCACCAGCAGCAAUGGUCAUGGUGACACCACCGACUAUGGUAGUGGGAUCGCUGGACGCAGUGCAGGAUCUACCAAUGUUGGGCCUCAUGAUUCCAGCCUGGCGAACAAGACUACGCAACAUAAUUCCGGCUACAGUAAUCCGUCCCCAAAUACUGGCUAUGGCGCUGCCAAUUUUGCGAGCGGACCACACAGCUCCAACUUUGCCAACAAAGUAGAUCCUCGGGUCGAUUCUGACAACUUCCGGGGCAACCAUGGCGAUACUACUGGUAACUAUAGCAGUUCCUCUGGCUAUUACGGCAGCAAUACCACCAGUGCGGGCUAUGGCAAUACAGGUUCCACGACGACCAGACCGCACAGCUCCAAUCUAGCCAACAAGCUGGAUCCGCGUGUUGGCUCGGACAAUUUUCGAGGCGACUAUGGCAGUAGUACUGGCACAUACACGAAUGCUAACACCGCUAACACCUACGGCAACAGCUACGGUGAAACAGCGAAUAAUGGUCCUCAUAAAUCGCACCUCAUGAACAAGCUCGAUCCCCGCACUGAUUCUGACAUGGAUGGCUCUCGAAAUACUAGCAUGGGGCAAGACACCAACCAAAGCAUAGGCAAUCCCAAUACCAAAAUCAUGCCCCAAGAGAUAUCUAGUCAUGCUCAUGCCACUGGUGGUCCGGCAGGUGCUCUGGAAGGAAACAUCUCGAACGCCACUGCUAGUGCUAAGGUCUCUGGUGGUAUGGUUCCAGAAGGAUCUGCCGACGCGAGCGGUCCUCUAUCAGCGGAUGCGGGAACCACCUCCUCCAAUCAAGGCGGGCUGAAGGGAGCGAUCAGGAACUUGGCCGGUGUUGGUGGCAAUCUUGACGCGUCUAUAGAUAAUAACAACCAUCACGAUCGAAGUGGGAUGGGUCACCAGCAGGUCAUUAUGGCGAUGGACAUGCUACUUGUCCAGUACCUGGGUGUGAAAGAUGAUGAGAGGAACCGGAGAAAAUGGUUAGCAGCCCCAUAA